AUGUGGAGGACGCGGUGUGAAGAAACUAACGUCAAGGCAGUGGGUUUUGUGUGUGUGUGUGUGUGUGUGUGUGGCAAAGGAGUACACACGGUGCUGAGUCGGCAUGAGGCGUUUGGCUUGCACCAGACUGUGCGUCCAUGGGCGUGUGUGCCUUUGCAGGGCCGCGGCAAAGGCCAGACUCGUUGUGGUAGUCCGGAUUGA